AUGGCGUCGAGCGAGACGCUCCUCGGCGUCUUCCCGGCCUGCGACUUCGAGAUCGCGCGCGUCGUCGCGCGCGCCAUCGCCGUCGCGACGGUGAGCGCGGGCGAGACGGAGAAGGGCGAGCAGUUCCUGCGGCUGGCGCGGCGCGUCUUCGAGGAGGCCGCGGAGCGCGGCGAGCCGUGGAUGGCGUCGCCAGUGGGUCGGGCGGCAGAGCGGUCCGUGAAGCACAUGCUCUGGCGCGUCGGGAGCGCGGAGCCGGAGCGCGCGGAGGGCGCGACGCAAGAGCCCCGCAGCGGCCGAGAGUUCGACACGCCGAAGCCGCGCCGCGCGCUGCAACAAAGCGCGGACACGCCGCCGCAGAAGCCGCGGCGCGCGCUGCGGUACAUCGAGAACACGCCGCUCGAGCGCGCGCUGCGCGCGGGCAAGCAGCCCGCGCGCAAGCCGCCGCCGCCGCGCCGCGCGGCGCUGCCCAAGGAGGCCGUCGUGCCCGCCGCGGGUUUCAUGACCCUGGAGGACGCGGCCGCGUUCUCCGCCGCGGGCCGCGGCACGGCCGUCGCCUUCGACGUCGCCGCGCGGCGUGAGCUCCAGGGCGCCCACGGCGGCUUCGAGCCGCGGCGCGGCGACGACGGCGACUGCAGCAUCUGCCUCGAGAAGCUGGCCGACGGCGACGACGUGACGACGGUGCUGCGCUGCGGCCAUUCCUUCCACGCGGGCUGCCUCGACGCCUGGCUCCGGCGCAAGUUCUCCUGCCCGCUCUGCAAGAGCCGCGCGCGCCGGCGGAGCCGCGUCUCCGACGCGCUGCUCGCGUCGCCGCGGCGGCCGCUCGUGCGCGAGGCGCUCCGCGACGUCCGCGGCGGCCGCGGCGCGACGUGGACGCUCGCGCGCGACGCGCACGCGACGACGCACUGCGCGCGCGUCGCGACGGGCCUGUCGACGCAGGCCGUCGCCGCCGGCCCCGUGCUCGUCGCGGGGCCGGGCCUGCGGCGCCGGGCGCUCGCGGCGUUCGGCGCCGCGGGGCGGGUUUUGGAGGAUCUGGACUUCGAAUGCGGCCGCGUCGUCGACACGACGGCCUUCGCGGCGCCGCUCCGCUGCUCGCUCGUGGGCUCGGCGCCCGUGCAGCCCGGCGACCGCCGGUCCUGGGUCGUCGAGGUCGUCGAGCCGUGCCCCGGGCGGAGUUACCUCGCCGUCGGCCUCGGCCUCGACGGCACGCGGCGCCUCGAGUCGUUCGCCGUCGUCGGCCGCCGGGACGGCGCGUGCCGGCGCGGCAGCGUCCUGCGCCAGACGGCCUGGCUCUUCCGCGUCGGCGAGCGGCCCACGCUCUGCCGCGAGCGCGGGCCCGCGUCGUUCUCGUCGAGCGGCGCGUUCAAGUUCGCGGAGUCGCGCGAGGAGCGAAGCGCGCGGCCGCUGGCGGCGGGCGACCAGGUCCGCGUCUUCGUGGACUCGUCGCCGGGCGCGGAGCUCCUGCGCGUCCAGCACCUGCCGCGCGGCGUCGACGCGUUCUCCGAGGCCGCGCUCGCGUUUCCCGUGCUCGAGGUCCUCCUCCGCGCGUCCGAUCCCAACUUCGGCUACGACGGCUCGAGCCUCCUCCGGCCCGUCGUCGAGUGCCGCAACGGGCAGCAGAAGGUCGCCGGCGACGACGCGCCGCGCGCCGCCGCGCGGCCCUUCGGCGGCUGGCUCCUGCGCGUCGCGCCGACGUCGUCCGUGCCGCCCCAGCUCUUCGACCCGGCGCGCGCCGGCGCGCGCGUCCUCCCCUUCCACGACGACGACUAG